CUGACAUGACAUUUCAGCCUGACAACAAACGAUGGAAAUGUUCUCAGUGUGGGAAAACAUUUGAUAAGAGCACUUUUAAACAACACGUGAGAACACAUACUGGAGAAAAACUAUUUUCCUGCUCAGAUUGUGGCCAAAGAUUCUCUAUGAAGGGAAGCAUAAAAAUACACACAAGAACGCACACUGAUGAGAAACCUUUUUCCUGCACAGUUUCUGGUCAAAGAUUUUCUGUGAAGAGAUAUUUAAAAAUACACACAAGAACUCACACUGGUGAGAAACCUUUUGUCUGCUUAGUUUGUGGUCAAAGAUUCACUCAGAAGGGAAGCGUAAAAAUCCACACCAGAACCCACAGUGGUGAGAAACCUUUUUCCUGCACAGUUUGUGGCCAAAGAUUCACUCAUAAGGGAACCUUGAAAAUACACAUGAGAACCCACACUGGUGAAAAACCCUUUUCCUGCUCAGUUUGUGGUCAAAGAUUCUCUCGAAAGGGACUUUUGACAAGUCACACAAGAACACACACUGGUAUGAAGCCUUUUUCUUGCUCAGUUUGUGGUCAAAGAUUCUCUCAGAAGGAAAACUUAAAAAGACACACAAGAACGCACACUGGUGAGAAACAUUUUUCCUGCUCAGAUUGUGGCCAAAGAUUCUCUCAGAAGCAACACUUAAAAAGACACACAAGAACGCACACUGGUGAGAAACCUUUUUCCUGCUCAGUUUGUGGUCAAAGAUUCACUCAUAAGGAAACCUUGAAAAUACACACGAGAACCCACACUGGUGAGAAACCCUUUUCCUGCGCAGAUUGUGGCCAAAGAUUCUCUAGGAAGGGAUAUUUAAAAAUGCACACAAGAACACACAUUGGUGAAAAACCUUUUUCCUGCUCAGAUUGUGGCCAAAGAUUCUCUCAGAAGGAAAACUUAAAAAGACACACAAGAACGCACACUGGUGAGAAACCUUUUUCCUGCUCAGAUUGUGGUCAAAGAUUCACUCAGAAGGGAAACUUAGUAAUACACACCAAAACCCACACUGGUGAGAAACCUUUUGCCUGCUCAGUUUGCGAUCAAAGAUUCUCUGUGAAGGGAUACUUAAAAAGACACACAAGAACCCACACUGGUGAGAAACCUUUUUCUUGCUCAGAUUGUGGCCAAAGGUUCUCUUCUAAGUAUCAGGUUAAGACACACAAGUGUGCUGGUGAGAAUAGCAGUGCUCAAGAAGCUUUUAAUGAAAAUGUAAAUGUUUAAUCUAAAAAAGAAUUACUACGUUACUGACAAAAGUCUACAUUCUUGCAUUCUGCGUACCAGCUUUUAUUGUUCUCGAUCUUCUUGUUGACCAUAUAUUUUCUAAAAGCCCCACGAGUGUAAAGAAUUAACAUUGGUGCCAAAAUACUUUAAAGGGACUAGUUAAUGGUCUGAACAUGGGCACUGAUUCCAUCGUGCUAGACUCAUAAAUGAUGUCUGCAGUAAAAAAGCCCUCCAAAAUAGAUUCAGUAGUAAUUUUAGAAUAAUUUACUGAUGAAAUAUUUGAUUUUCAGCCAGAUGUUGGCCCGCACACGUUUUGGACGUGAGCUUGUCACAGCCUGACACAUAACGAGCAGGAGUGGAUUACAUUUCCUCAUUGAACUUCUGUUUUCCAUGGUAUCAUUUUUGCCCAUAUUGAAAGUCUGGGACAAUAAUGACGAUUUGUUAAAAGGUGCCCUGCGAUUGGCUGGGCCGCCUCUCGCCCGAAGAUAGCUGGGAUAGACUCCAUCCCGUCCACGACCUUAGUGAGGAUAAGCGGUACAGAAAAUGGAUGGAUGGACUGUUGGAAUGCCUCCUUGAGGAAAGACGACAGCCACGUCAUGGCACAUGAAGUCAUUCUUGCAGAUUUAUUUCCUCAUACAACAGUUCAAUUUUGAAUUGAUGCACCACAAAUGUAUAGUGUAUGUAUGUAUAGAUCACAAAGGCGUUUGUGAAGGUGGCAUUGUGUGACCGAUGUGGACUUCGGCUAACUGUCAUAAUGUGGGACGACCCAUAACGAAGGUCUCCUGUCCAGAAACUGCGGCUGAUCUGACUUGAGUUUAUCUGAUCCAUAAAAACCAAAAUAUUGGGCUGAUUGUUGUAAUAUUUUCAGAGGUUUAAGCUGCCAUGAGUCGAUCUGUCCGCAUAAAUUUUGGUGAUGAUUAUUGACAGCUUUUGGAUAUUUAGCUGCUUUUAUUGUGUUCAUGUAUGAGGCACUCGGCUGCCAUAUUUUUGGCAUUUUAAUGAUGACGUCCUUAUCCAUCUCAAUCCAUAAAAUGUGUUUUAUUAUUUUAUUUAAGCACUUUAAAUUUGUGAUUGAACAUACAUUUUGGGUACUAGCUGUUGCUCAUGUGAUGCAAUGAUAUAUGAUAAGAUGGUGUUUUUUUUUUUUUCAAUUUCCUGAAAAUAAUAUUGAAGGUGCUGGGAUUCUGCCUGACAGCUAUGUUUGUAUAAAAUAUGUCUGAUAACUUCCACUUUAUAGUAUAGUACAUUGCUUUUCCCACAACAGCUAUGCCAGUGCUUUUCAAUUUUGGCAAUGAAAAAAGGGGCAUUUGAAAGGGAAUUAGUUAUUUACCAAUUGCUUCAAAACAUUUUGAUAUUAUUGGAAAUGACUGCCAGUUUAAUUUUCUACAGCAAAAAAAUACAUGAAAUAAACUUGUUAGUGAAAUAUGGCCCAUGAAGACCCAUACUUCCUUUGAGCAAUGCAUGCAUUUGUCCAAUGUUUUAGUGAUGUCAAUAUCAAAUAAGUAAAUCAUUGAUUGAAAUAGACUUAAAAAAAACUUUUGACUUUUGGCGCUAAACUGUAAAGUGUAUAUGUGAUCCUUAAUAAAGUACACUGCUUAAAACAAUGAGGG